AUGGCACUGGAUCCGGAUCGCGGAGGAAUAGAGCUCCUGAGCCGGUCUGAUGACCCACCCACCCACACACAGAGGGAAAGAAGGGAGGGAGGAUCAGGGACGGGAUCGAAAGAAGCCACUUCCUCCCCCACCGCCGCGCCGCCGCCAAAUCGUGGCGUUCGCCGCAGGUCCCAAGUGGAUCACCGCGGUUGGUCACCCGGCUUUUCCUCUGGGACGGCUGAUGAAAAGGCUUCCGUCACGUUCGACGUGGACAAGCUGCAACUAGCGGGAUUGGUGCGAUUUCCAGAGCCGUAUGGUGCACCUGAGCUGCUUGUCGGUCCGACUCGAAUGUUUGGGUUUGACGACAACGACGGAAGUCGGAUUUUUUUCCGGGGUCAGCAAGAAACGACCCCAAUUCGAAAGCGGGACGGUCUAGCGAUUCGGGUUCUAGUUGCAGUCCGGUGCAUCCCCUUACAGAUGCGCGUCUCGGACCGUCGUUCCUAUCAUACAAUCAAGCUCGAAGCCUUUGCUCAAAGCGCGAAAUGUUUCGCUGUGAGGAUGGCGCUAGGUGACGACUGUACCGUUACCCUAAAUAAUCGAGUUCAGGAACGUAUCCGAUGGCGAUUUUUUAGUGACUCUCAAACGCUGGAUUAUCACGGUGCAGUCCGCGACAAGGUUUCGAGCGAUGUUUUUAUCAAGCAUUGCUUGGGUCGCCAAGCGCAGAGGCGCUCAACAUCUGCCGGGAUCGAGGCUAUCCGGAAAUCCUUCGUCAUGCUUACAGUAUCAGUACGUAGCUUGUUGAGACCUCGAGUGAAGCUAGUAGCCUUGGUACCAGUGACCGCGUCAAGCUUCCGACUUUCGUUCUUGACGCUGGUAGGCUUCAAGUUUUACUCGGCCGCGCCCAACAUCGUCAGGGAGAAUAACACGCAUCCAUAUCCCUCCGGCUUGCGCGUGGGAGAAUGAACUGAGUUUUCCAGUGUAGAGGAACGGGGAUCGAGAACUGUCAAACAUCUACUAGUACAUGUGUGCUUGUGCGAUCAAAGUUCGGAGAAGGUAUGGCAGCUAGCUAUCAAAUCCACUGAGGGAUCGUGCUGGAACGACCGAUCUGGGGG